CAGCGUUUGUUUUAGAAGGUCAGUGUUUGGUAGACCUACAGUUAAGAUAUAUGAAGGUUGCGAUACUCAGCAAAAGGUUCUUAUACAAGAAUUACGGAUGUACUGUACGGUGCAAAACCACUUGGCAGACACGAUGGUCAUGGAGGAAAAAAAAAGCUUAUCAUGUGCCAAGAAUUUGCAUGUACGCUGACUACAAAUGAGAGUAUUUUCAUCUGAAGACUGCCCUCAAGGUUUCAAUGGGAGAAAGGGAGGAGAUUGCUGUGUUCCUUGCUCUUUAUAAAAAGGGACGCAAGUUGCGGUAGUUUGCGGUUUAAUGCCAAGCAUAGUAGCAUUGCCUGCGACUACGCAGAAACAGACAUUGAACAGGAACAGAAACGUGGAACCAUUAAGGAACUGUUUGUUUUAUUAUUUAUACUUAUAUCUAGUUUUAUACUGCUAGUCACCGAUAUGCCUAGAUACGAGCUAGCUUUGAUACUCAAAACAAUGCAAAGGGAAUAAAACACUAGUCUUUACUAGACUGUCCGCUGCAACUACUGUAAGAAUUUUUCCUGUACACCAUCCCAGUAAAUGGCCUUGGAUUAUCAUUAACAUAAAUUGGACAACGGAAAUUGUUUGUUUGUUUUUUUUUACCUCCCUGGGAUCCUACAGUUUCCUAGACAGCAAACCAAAGGACAAAGUGUUUGACCUGCAUGAAAAUACUGUGUUUUUAGUUUUGAACACACUGGAUUUUGUUGUAAGACUGACUUAAUAUUUCGAAAAAUAAUGAGGCCUUCAAUGGAAGCCGCAGACGUUGCCGUUGUGGCACUGUACUUUGUGCUUGUGGUGUGCAUUGGUUUCUUCGCCAUGUGGAAGUCCAACAGAAGCUCUGUGAGUGGGUACUUUCUGGCAGGACGGUCCAUGACUUGGUUUGUUAUUGGGGCCUCCUUAUUUGUCAGUAACAUUGGCAGUGAACAUUUCAUUGGGCUUGCAGGAUCUGGAGCAGCAAGUGGGUUUGCAGUAGGAGCUUGGGAAUUCAAUUCACUUUUGCUCCUGCAACUUUUGGGAUGGGUAUUUAUCCCUGUCUACAUCAGGUCAGGGGUCUAUACCAUGCCAGAAUACCUAUCCAAGCGUUAUGGUGGGAAAAGAAUAAAGAUCUAUUUUGCUGCUCUGUCUUUAUUGGUAUACAUUUUUACCAAAAUUUCUGUGGCCCUUUAUGCUGGAGCGCUGUUCAUCCAAGAGUCAGUGGGAUGGAACUUGUACCUGUCUGUAAUUCUGUUAAUUGGCAUAACAGCCUUGCUGACUGUUACUGGGGGGCUGGUGGCUGUAAUCUACACAGACACUCUACAGGCUUCCUUGAUGGUUGUUGGAGCCCUCAUCCUCAUGGUCAUCAGCCUUGUCGAGGUUGGGGGGCUUGAGGGAGUCAAGACCAAGUACAUGCAGGCCACUCCAAAUGUGACUGCAAUUUUGGCUGCCUACAACUUCAGCUACUCCAACAGCUGCCACAUUCAUCCAAAGCCGGACGCACUAAGAAUGUUGCGUGAACCCUCUGAUGAGGACAUCCCCUGGCCUGGAUUCCUCUUUGGCCAAACCCCGGCUUCAGUUUGGUACUGGUGCGCUGACCAGGUCAUCGUCCAGAGGGUACUUGCAGCAAAGAACAUCGCUCAUGCCAAAGGGUCGACCUUAAUGGCUGGUGUCCUAAAGGUCCUUCCAAUGUUCAUCAUUGUGAUCCCUGGGAUGAUUUCAAGAAUACUGUACACUAAUGAAAUUGUGUGCAUCAGCCCAGAGCACUGCAUGGAGGUCUGUGGUAGUCGGGCAGGUUGCUCCAACAUUGCUUACCCUCGCCUGGUGAUGAACAUUCUUCCUGUAGGCCUUCGUGGUUUGAUGAUGGCUGUGAUGAUUGCAGCCUUAAUGAGUGACUUGGAUUCCAUAUUCAACAGUGCCAGCACCAUCUUCACUCUAGACAUCUACAAGAUGUUUAGGAAAAGUUCUACUUCCAGAGAGCUUAUGAUUGUCGGACGACUUUUUAUGGUUUUCAUGGUGGCUAUAAGCAUAGCAUGGGUUCCAGUCAUUGUGCAGAUGCAGGGUGGCCAGAUGUACCUCUAUAUUCAGGAGGUUUCAGGCUAUCUCACUCCACCUAUAGCGGCUCUGUUCCUGUUAGGAGUCUUUUGGAAGCGCUGCAAUGAGACCGGAGCAUUUGUCGGUGGGAUGACUGGUUUCCUUUUAGGGAGCAUAAGGUUAAUCUUGGUUUUUGUUUACCAAGCCCCUGACUGUGACCAACAAGACAACAGGCCAGCCUUCAUCAAGUACAUUCACUACAUGUACGUGGCAGCCUGCUUAUUCUGGAUCACCGGAAUCGUUACAGUGGUUGUGAGUCUCCUCACCCCGCCCCCUACAAAAGAGCAGAUCCGGACCACCACUAUCUGGGGGGUUUGGAACAAGGAUGUGAAGCUUGGCCAUCACAAGGAAGAAUCCUACAAGUUUACUGGCAAGAACCCUGUUGACGACAAAGGGACAUCGAAGCACAAAGAGCUGCCCACUGGAUUGCACAGAGAGAAGAUAGUUGAUGGCACUGAUGUUAAGCUUCUGGUCUUGCAGGAUUCCUCCACCCCUGACUGUUUGACUCCCUGUCCAUCUGAGGAUCAGACCCCCAUGGAACAUUAUAGGAAUGGGCAGGCAAGUCUCAUGAGCGGAGCCUGUGAAGAGGAUGAGCAGCCUGAGAGAACCAGCACAUGCUGGAAAGUGGUCUACUGGUUCUGUGGUUUGAAAGGCCAGUCUACCAAGACUCCUCCCAGAGACCCGGUAGAAGAAGAGACUAGAUGUCUGGAAAUGCUUUAUGAGCCUCCAAAAAUCAAACUGUUGCUAAAUAUAAUGCUUUUUGUGGUGUGCUCUUUGGGGGUAUUUCUGUUUGUUUGUUUCUCUUUGUAGUCCUCUUGUCAUCCCAAAAAAGGUUUCCAUUUACAAGCUGUUGAAGUCUGUAAUAUUUACAGUAUAUUUAUAAAAUAAGAGUAAGCAAACUUCUUUGUUUAACAUUGCAGCUUGCAUAUAUUCGAAUUGUCAUAGUGUGUGCUAUAGUGAAUAAUACAACUAUUUGUAAACCUUUGCACAAUCGGGCUGUCCCGUAGAUUUUAUAAAGAAGACAAAUGACCAAAAAAUGUUAUAUAACUUUGUUCAUAGCUUGAACUACCAAAAUACAUAGCUUAACUUUGCUUAAAGCAAUAGAAUCUUAAUUUCUUGCACUAAAAUUUCAUACAGUUGUGGGGGCCAUUGUUGUGUCAAAUACGUAACUAGUACUGGAUUUUUUUAUAGGCAUGCUUGCCCAUUGGCUUUACAGUAACAGCAUUUCUCCAUUAUUGGGUAAAACACUUUGCUGCAAUGUUUGUGAUUGUGCUCAUAUAACUAACUUAUCUUGUGUAGGGAUGCAAUGGUUAUGCUUUUUCCAAACCAACUUUCAGUAAAAUCCAAAACCGAAAUAUACUAACAAAAGAUAAACUAACCUGACAUUUGUGUACAAUGAAAGUGUUGGCAGUCUCUGCACUAAGCUGUUAAAGUUGAUUUUAAUUUGUUUCUACUUUUUGCACAUACUUUAAGCCACAAUUGUCUACAAAUAAGCAUACAACUUAAUCUAAAAAAGCACUGUAAAAGAGGGAGGAGACGGGCAUUGUCUGGCUCCUGUUAAAAUACUGUCCCAAAAAAUGAAAACUGGUUUACAAUAUUAUUGUGAUGUCAUGUAGGCUUAUUUAUUGCUGUGCAAAUUGUGUUCUAGUUCUUCCUGAAGAUGCAUUUUAACUUUGUGAGCAGUUUGUAGAUGUGCACUGUCCUUGAUGCUUUUAUCUAAAUGCACCCUGCUCUGUCAAGAGAAGACAACAGGCAGUUGUGUUGUCUGGUGGAGUUACUGAGUAGAUAUAAUUUAGCACAAAGUGUAAAAGGGUGGAUUCUCUCGUCUCAAAUUACAACCACCUUUUUACAUAUUUUAUUUAGUUUGUACUGAUCUGCUCAAGUUAUGGAUCUAUAAUUUACAAGUGUUAUUUCAGUUGUAAUGUGGCUUCAUUCCCUCUUCCCUUUUAUAUGAUGUUUUCAAUCACUGAGUAAUUCUGUUCCGGAGCAUGCAGUGUAGUUGGCUUGGAUUGCUUGAAGGCAUUGUCUGAUGGAGCUGUAUAGAGACUUGGAUUUUCUGAGCGAAUCCAACCAGCUUGUAAUUAACAGGCUUCAUUAAAUAUCUGUUACAAGCAUGUUAAAGGGAAUUCCUCAGAUGUUCUGAGUAUCUACACAGCCCAAGUGUCUGAUUCUAGAUGACCCUGUGACUUUUCAGGUGUAUUACGGCAACAGAGCUGAAAGAAAGGUCCCGCCUUGAUGGAACAACUGGCUGUCAACAACAUUGUAACAUGAGAGUUUUUAAAUUCAGAACCUGAAAUUUUGUCAUGAGAUGACUGAUUGAUUGAUUGAUGUAUUUAUUUAUUUUUGUGUAAAGUGUGCAGUUCCAAUGUUCUUGCCCUCAGCUUGUGUUUUUCAGAAUUUACGACUAGUUCGAGACUUCUGUAGAAUAAAUCCUCUUAUUGGGGCAGCACCAGUCAAAGAUUGUACACAUCAUGAAGUACAUUUGGUAACUUUUGGGUCCUUCCAUUGUAAAACUGACCAAUUGUAACUUUUUAUUUUAUUACAGAUUAUUAAUAAACAUAUCUAAUUGA